AUGCCUGCGUUGCGUGCACGUGCUGUUCAGGUUCCCGCCAUCGUCGCCAUAGACAAGUCAUCUCUCGUUCGCGUCGAGUGCCAUCCUGAGGGCCCGGCCUUUGAUCACCGCGUGCCGAGCGAGGACGAGGACGAAGACGAUGUACCACCCAAUAUGGAGCUGAUGGGGAUGACCUUCAAACUCAUUGGUGCCCUUGCUAUCCCGCGCAAGGAGUUUGAGGGUGUGAUCACAGCUCACGGCGGUGCUGUUGUGUCUUCGCUGCGAAAGUGCACACACGUCAUCGUUGGCCAGCGCGAGCUGAACAAACCACAGGACAAGCACCCCCAAGCACUGAAGGAGGCGCUUUCCUCUGGUGUGGCGGUUAUGCGAGAGGAAUUCAUCACGCAGCUGUGCACACGCACACACGGAGCAAAGAACGAAGAUCAUAGCAACGACGACGACGACGACGACGACGACGACGACGAUGAUGAUUAUCAUGAUGACGAUGAUGGUGCAGCGGGGGAAGAACAGCAGCAGCAGCAGCAACGCUACCAGCAACACAUGCAGCAGCAUCACCAACAUGACACAGAAGCAGCAGCCGCAGCUGCAAACGACCCGCACCAACAGCAACAACAACAGCAUCACGACCACCAAGAUGACGAGCAAGACCAUGCGAAGAAAAAGACAAAGAAGGUGGUGUCCACUCACAGCACGGCCCAGCACAGCACCGCUGCCACCAUCACUGCAGCAACAACGAGCGGUGAUGGUGGUGAUGACAAUGACGAUGAUGGUGAUGCCGCAGUCGUAGUGUUGACGGGGGCGAGGAUGACAAGGAGCAAGGCGGCGCAGCUCCAAAGGCAGCAGCAGCAACAGCAAAACCAAAAGCAAGAAGAGGACAAGACAGAACGGGGACAAGCGCAGCAAGGGAAGGAAGGGGAGACCGGCACGAUGAUGGGUGAUGAUGGGAAGGCAGAGGAAAUGGGGAGUGGGAUGGACGGAGACGCAGAAAAGCAGCCGCAAGUGGACACAGCAGAUGUGAGAAAGGACACAAUGAAGAAGAAGAAGAAAAGGAAGAGGAGGAGGAGGAGGAGGAGGAGGAAGAGAGCACGGAACAAGAAGAAGCAAGAAGGGGAAGAACAAGGCGAGAAGGGGGUCAAUGACGCAUUGGCAAACGGGGGCGUGAAACCUGUCGUCAAGCAGGAGCCAGCAGCAACCGCAGCAGCAACACCAACAACAACAGCGGCAGCAGCAACAGCAGCAGGUGUUGGCAGUGGUGGCAGGUCGCAUGUCAAGAAGGAGAAAGGCGUGAAAGGGAAACGUGCUGUGAAAGUUGAUGCGUCAGCACGUAAAACGGCUGCUGCUGCACUGGAGAAACUGCGGCAACAGCAGCAGAAGCAGCGAGAGCGAGAACAGAAGAAGAGGAAGAAGGCGGAAAAGGACAAGAAGGAACAAGAGGGGAAGGACAAGGAACAGGAAGAGGAAGAGAAAGAAGGCAAGGAACAAGACGAGAAUGGGGAGCAGGCAAAGGAGGAGGAGGAGAAGGCAGCCGUUCAGCCACAACGCAGCACACAUCAACAGCAAGAUGGACAAGAGCAAGGCGACAAGCCCUCAGAUGGUGUCGGUGACGGUGGUUGCGAUGAAAGUGCAGUCUGUGGACUGUUGCUUCGGCAGCGGAAAUAUCAGCAGCGCUACAGAAUUGCUGGCAAGCCGGGAAGCAAGCUGCCACCAAUCAAGGCGCUGCUUGAGCGUGAGGCACGCGCGAAGCGAAAGGCGGAGGAAGAGAGUGAUGACAGGCAAGCAAAGCGUGCAAAGCGGCCGCCCAUCGCUGCUGGUUCGCAGCUGCUGCGUGUGGACAAGUUUGCACCGGGCAGAGUCGUGUAUGUUGACGACAGAAACCUCGCAUACAACGUCAUGCUAAACAAGUCAGACGUGUCAACGGGGCUCAACGUCUUCUACAUUCUACAGCUGACGUCAGACGGCAUGAACUACUUUGUGUUCUGCCGCUGGGGCCGCGUUGGCGACGAUUCUGGCGUGAUGCGAAUUCGAAAGAGCAGCAUGUACCACAGCAAGCGAUACGAUUUCCUGUCGUACUCUCACCAGUGCUACGCAAGCAUCGACGCUGCCAUUACAGCCUUUGCCGCGAAAUUCAAAAAGCAGACGGGGUGGUCGUGGGCGAAAGUGGAUUCGUUUGAGCAGCAGCCCGGGCACUACAACAUGGUUGAGCUGGAAGGGCAGUCGCGUGGUGUUGAUUUGGAUGCAGCGAACAAGAAGCGCAUUCACGCGGACAAACGCGCAGCCACUAUCCCUUCAAAGCUGGCGCCCGAGCUGCGAUCCUUUGUGAAACUCAUCUUCAACAAGAAAAUGUUUCGGAAAUCGAUGGAGGACGCAAACAUCGACAUCAAGAAAAUGCCGCUCGGUUCCAUUUCAGAUCGCCAGAUCAAGCAGGGUUACGCCAUUCUGAAGGAAAUUCACGACAUCAUCAGUGGGAAGCGGCCGGUGCUGAAUUCACAGCACGAGUAUGUGCUGUUGACUGAUGCAACAUCCCGCUUCUACACCGCAAUCCCGCACGAUUUCAAGGGAUGGGAGGCCCCGCCCGUCAUCAACUCGCGCUCGCGGCUGAAGGGCAAGUUGGAUGUGCUGGAGCAGCUGUUGGAGAUUGAGCACGCAAACAAACUGAUGCAAGAAGGCGAUGAGGACCACAGCGUGCACCCCGUUGACGCCAAUUACGCAACACUCCAGUGCUCAUUGGAGACUGUGCCCAACGCGUCGGACGAGAUGGCAAUGUUGCGCAAGUACGUGCAGAACACGCACGCGGCGACGCACAGCUGCUACAGCCUCGAGAUUGCAAGCGCAUUCCGCGUGUCGCGUCAGAGUGAAGAAGAGGCAUUUGAGCGUUUUAAAACGUGUACAAACAGGCGACUGCUGUGGCACGGAUCUCCGCUCACCAACUGGGUCAGCAUCCUCUCCCAAGGUCUUCGCAUCGCACCGCCAGAGGCGCCCGCGACGGGAUAUGUACGCUGGUCAUGCGUGUACUUUGCGUCGAUGGUGUCGAAGAGUGCCAACUACUGCAUGGCGGCAAACGGGAAACACGGCAUCCUCGUCCUCUGCGAAGUCGCUCUCGGCGAUAUGCACGAGAGCUUGCAUGCUGACUACCAUGCAAUGCGGGAGUGCAAGAAAGCGGAGAAGGACAGCACAUGGGGAAUUGGCAGAACAACACCAAAUCCCAAUGAAACAGUGGUGCUGGAUGACGGAGUGCAAGUGCCGCUGGGAAAACCGAUUUCAAAUCCCGCGGCAGAUGGCGGCGCGCUGCUCUACGACGAGUUUGUGGUGUACGAUCGCUCGCGCAUUAAGAUGCGAUACGUGCUGAAGGUGAAGUUUGGACCACCAAAGCCACGACCACCGCCGCCACCAUCAGCACCAUCGACAGCAGCGGCGUCAUCAUCUUCAUCGUCAUCAAACGCAGUGAGUGCAGCAAGUGCAGCCAUGGGCUCCAACAAGGCACCGCCGCCACCGCCAUCAGCAGUUGCAGCAGCAUCGCUAUCGAAGUCGUUGCCGGCACCCACAACAAUCACAGGUCCAGCACCAUUGUCGUCAGCAGCGGGGAAGGCCUUCUCCCCAACAUCGUCAUCAUCGUCAUCAUGUUCUUCUUCUUCUGCACUGCCGCCGCCACCUCCUGCACUCACACCGCAACCAGCUACCACUCAGCCGGCCACAGCAACGACAGCAGCAACAGCAGCAACAGCAGUCACGAUGUCGGUCCCAAUGAGUGGGACACGAGCUGCAGUCAUUGCAUCCACCCCAAACGCGAAUCCUGCACCAGCGAGCGAUGCUGUUGGUACUACCAACGUUGCUGGUUAUUCCUCGACACAGCCAUCAUCACAUGUUGUGAUGCAGUCACCACCACCACCACCACCACCACCAUCAAUGCCAAUGCCACCGCCACCGCAGCCGUCAUACACAGCACCCUCAUCGUCAUCAUCGCUGCUCUACUCCUUGUCUGGUGCACCGCAUUCAACCAUGCAGCAGCAGCAGCAGCAGCAGCAGCAGCAGCAGCAGCAGCAGCAGCAGCAGCAGCAGCAGCAGCAGCAGCAACAGCAGCAACAGCAACAACGUUUCCUUGCUGGCUCCAUUAAUGCCACACCGCCAGCACAAGCGUGGCAGCGGCAGCAACAGCAGCUGCUGCAAAAUGUUGCUUCUCGACCCGCACCUGAUGCUGCCAUCGUUGAGUCAAACAGCAUUGCACCGCACCCGCCAUACCCGUCACCCCCACACCACCAACACCGACAGCCGCAGCAGCAGCACCAGAGCGCUGUGGACAGGUUGAUGUCUGUGAUUCUUCGGCAGAAGUGA